AUGAUUUUUAAGCCCUUAUUUAAUAAAGCAAAAAUAGUUUGUGAAAAGCAAAAAAAUAAAAUCUCAAAAAGUAUUGUUGGAAAUAAUCACCAUGGGAAUAAAAACUUUUCUUCUACAAAUGAUGAAUUCAUAAGAAAUCCUUUAAAAAAAAAACAGGGAUAUGAAAAAUUUAUACAGCUCAAGCACUCGGAUAGUGCAACCACGUUUGAGAAAAGUGGCAUACUAAAAGCAACCAAUUGGCCUAAGAAAAAAGCAUCAAAAAAAAAGAAUGAGCUUCAUAUUUUAUUAACUAAUAAAAAGACAAAAACAGUAAACUAUCAUGAAUUAAAUGUUGUGAUAACAAAAAAAAUAAAUAAUAUGGAAAAUAUUAAUGAAGUGUAUAAAUAUAUUUAUUACAAUAAAGACAUAUUAGUACCUAUAAAUUAUGUGGUAUGUAUUUAUAAAAUAUACAAAUUGAUAAAAGAAAAAGAUUACAAAAUUAUGAACUACUCAUAUUAUAUAAAUAAUAAUUUAAUGAAAUUAAAUAUUGACGAGUUUAAUAAAAUUGUGAAUUUAAGUGAAACCAAUGAAUAUAGUGAUUUGUGCAACAACAUUUUAAGAAAAAAUACAAAAAAAUAUCAAAAUGAUUCACAAAAUUCAAAUGAAGAAAAUAAAUUAACUAAAAAAAACAACCCAAUCGAAAUAAACAUUAAUAAUAUCAAAAAUAACUACAAUUUAUGUUAUACCAAUUAUUAUAGUACCAAUGGUUUUUGUCUCGAUUAUAAAAAUGAUAUUAUUCAAUAUAUUUUGGAAAAAAUAAAUAAAAAUUAUUUUAUAAAAAAAUUAACAUAUAGGCAUUUAACUAAUUUGUUAUAUUCGCUAAUAAACAUAAAAUAUUAUAACAUACCAACAUAUUUAAUAUAUAUAAAACAUAUAAAUAAUAUGUAUAUAUAUUUAUCUUCCCAAUCUAUAUCUAAUAUAGCUUAUUCUUAUUCACAACUUUUUUAUUUUUAUUCUAUUGAUUUUACAAAGUAUUAUGAAAAUUAUAUAUUUAAAUAUUAUACAUUUUUAAAUAAAUAUGUGGGAAAAAAUAAUAUACAAAAUGAUCAUAUAAAUUUAAUGUUUUUGUUACUUAGUCGUUGUAUGGCUAGUAAGAUAGUAAAACAUAUUAACGUUAUACACAACAAUAGAUAUAAUAUUGAUCGGUUUUAUCAUGGGCAUUUGUCAAAUUUAAAAGAACUCAAUGAAAAAGAGAAAAAAAUGAACUUCUUGUUAAUAAACGAAAACAAAUAUGAAGAUCAGAAUAUAAUAGAUUCAGAAGAGGGGAAAAAUAUAUCUAAGGAUAUAAGAAAAAAAGAUAAAAUAUUUCAAGAGCUUUUUAUAUUUUUAUGGGCUAUAUCAAAAAUAAAAAUAAACAACAUAUAUGUAGAUUUAUUACACCAUUUAAUAUAUACAAAUCGAGUAUAUUUUUUGUUAAACUUGAAUGAAAAAGACAUUUGUAAUUUAAUUCAAUCCCUUAAUAUAUAUUACCCAAUUAAAAAACUAAGUCAAGUUUAUAAAAGUAGUUUGAAUUAUAAAAUAUCCAUAACUAAUGAAAAUAAUUUUUUUUCUUUUAAUUAUGAUAUAUAUCUUAAAGGUGCUUUGUUAUUAGCAAUAUACAACAUUAAAAAAUUUAAUUACCAUCAUUAUUCUAUUAUACUUAAAAGUAUACAAAGUAUCCAAAGCUUUUUCCAAACAUAUAAAAAUAAAGAAGAGAUACAUAAUUAUAAUGGAAUAAACACUUUUGGAAACUGCAUAAAUAAAAAGUCAUAUUUUCCUGAAGAUAAAGAAAUACAAGACCACGAAAUUUCUUAUGAACCAUUUCAUAAAACUUAUAUUGAUAAUUAUCAAAAUUAUUUAAAAACUACAAAAACCAUGGAUUAUAAAGAUUGUGCAAACAAGAUUAACGAUGUAAAUUUGAAAGGAAUUGAACUAGUUCUAAGUAAGUUAACAAAAUGUAUAGUAAACAAAUUGUCCAAAAAACUUAAAAAUGAAAAUAAUAGCUUAACACGUAUUUUGAACUAUUCAAGUAAAAACUUAUCAUUUUUAAACUUGCAAAAUAUUUCUACUUAUCUAUAUAGUUUAGCACAUAUAUCUGAUAUAUAUAUAAAUUCUGAAUUAAAGACAAAUUUGUAUGAUAUUAUUAUUAAAAUUUUAGAAGACAAAAUAAAAUAUAUUUCGAUUUUUGAUAUAAAAGGCAUAAAUUUAAAAAAUAUAGAUGAAUGUUUACAAAAACAUUAUGAUAAUUUAAUAUGUUUAAGUAAUAUUAAUUAUGCAUUGAAUAAAAAUAAUAUAAUAAAUGAAUGUAUAAUAAUAAACUCAUAUUUAUAUCUUUACAAUUUCUAUGAAUGUUUUUUUAAAAUAUAUAAAAAUAAUAAGUCUAUUUUAAAUUUUUUAAAUUAUGUUGACAAAAUUAAUGAAAGGAUAUUAUCAAUAUAUAAUUGGACAAUUUCACACACAAAUAUUUCCUUCAUGUCUUUGCUCAAUUUGACCAACUACAACUAUUUAUAUAUUCUAUAUAAAAUGAGUUUAUUUAAUACUAUCGAAGUAAAUUCACCAUUUUUGAAUGGUAAAAAUGGAAUAAAUAUUUUUAUUUAUUUAAAAAAAAUGCUUUUACCCAUAACCCUUUACAACUCUAUAACUAUGAACCAACUUCGAUUAACGAUAAAAAUUUUAAUUAAUUAUUAUAUGCUCACAAAAAAUGACAGAAAUUCUAAUAAUCAUAUUUAUAAUAUGGAGAAAUACCACGAUGACAUAUUAACAUGUAUGUACAGUAUAUCAUUAAUAAUAACUAAUUUAUCACACAAUUUAAAAAAUAAACAAGAUAAUAUAUCUAACAUAAGUAAUAAAUUUCAUGAUUACGAUCCAAUACAGUAUAUACAAUUUUAUAUUGAUAUGUCUACACAAUUGUUGAAAUGUUAUUUUUAUCAAUUAUAUAGAAUUAAUGGAAAUUCUAUUAAAAAAUAUAUUUUAUCAAAUACAAAAAAUGAAGAAACGAUCAUGAAAUUUUAUACUUUUUAUUUGUUCGUUAAACAAAAUACAAUAAAUAAUAGUACUUUUAAAUAUAAUAGGGGUUUUUUAGUUAAAUUUUUAAAUUUUAAUAAAAUCGAUAAAACAGAGUUCGAAUUUUUAGAGACAUUUUUUUCGAACUUCCCCAAAAGUUAUAUAAUAUCAGAUACUCAAGACAAAAUUUCCAAAAGUUAUGAAAAAGAACAGGAUCCAAAUUUAAAUGUGAAUAAAAUAAGAGAUACUAUGAAAAAGUGGGAAAUAUCCAAUAUGUAUGGAAUAAAUAAUUAUAACUAUAUUCCAACCGAAAAUUUGGGAAUUUUUUAUUUGUUUCAAAAGGGUAUACAUAAGAACGAAUUAAAGAUGAAUAGACAAAUCGUAGAAUUUUUUAAAAAUCAUAAUUUGGAUUUAUCAGAUAUAUUCCAUAAAGAAUUUUGCGAUUUUAUAAAAAGUAUAGAACAAGAAAUUAUUUUAAUAUUCAAAAAAGUCCAAAGUUCAAAAUCACAUAUAAAGUUGUAUCAAUAUAUUAAACAUGUUUUAAAAAAAAAAAAAAAUAAUAAUAAUAAUAAUAAUAAUAAUAAUAAUUUGGAUAACAAGGAAAAAUUUUUAGAUGAAGACAAUAAUUUUGAGCAUAUAAAAAAUGAAUAUAUAAUUAAAAAGGAUAAUUUUUUUUUUAUUGUUGAUAUUUAUGAUGAGCUUACAAAUACAAUAUUUGAAAUUAACGGAAACAGCCAUUAUACCAAACAAUAUAUAUCAACCAACAUACACAACAAUUCACGCUUUUUUUAUAAUUAUAAAUCUUACUAUAUUUUUAAGCAUUUGAUAUUAAAUAAAUAUUACAAUAUUGUCCAUUUGCCAUUACAUGACACAAAGUUGUGUAAGCAAAUUAUUUCUGAAUAUUACAGGGAGAAGAUCUUAUAA